UAUGCGUUGUGCAUCUUGUUCCCCUUCUCUUUUACGAUUUUUCGCUUGAAUUUCAUGUUAUCGUCAUGACUCAUUAUCCCGGUUCACCUUUCUUUUUUAUUGUUUUUUACAUAACACGAAGAUAGAUUAACGCUUUAACAUUACAGUCAACGCGAUAAAUUUUUUUUUGUUUCUUCUAUGUUUCGUAGUAUCGUGUAUGGGCCGCCAUUUGUUGAUUGGUUGUACGGUGGUGUUACCAUUAUCUACUAAAUGAAUGACGGUCAACCGCAUAACAAUAAUUGCCGUCACCGUCACCAACGAUCGUCGACUGUUCUGUUUUACAAAUUAUUAUUAAUCAUCCAAAAACUAUCUGAAUCGGAUACAAUUUUGUUGUCCAAAAAGCAAGGCGGAUUUUUAUUAAUUUUAUGAUGCUUUAUAUUGUGUCGUUGUAAUACGAUAUUAUGUCCAACGACUUAUUUUAUUGAGUAUAAUACUAUAACGUCCCACCCACAAAUACACACAUAAUCACAAAAUAUGGUAUUAGACCUACAAAGUGAUGUAUCUCAAAGAAAUGCCAAUAAUUGUGAAAAUGAAAAUGAAGAAGACAUUGAGGAUGGAGAAAUUUUUGAUGAAGAAGAUGAAGGUGAAGUGGAAACAAAGGUUCCAGAAUCAUGUGAAAAAACUUCAGAAAUGAAACAAUCGUUAGUAAAUGAGAAUUGUCCCGGUGAAGGACCGAAGGAAAAAGAUUUUGAACAGCAAUGGGAUUCGGGGUCUCGAUCUCAACAGUCUUAUUCAAAAAUGCAUAUGGGAACGAGUAAGCCUUUUGCAGGAUUCAACAACAGUAGACCUAGGACCGAUAGAUUUCCUAGAAAUAAAGGUUCUAUGAUUAAACGUGAUUUUGGUCAUCAGAUGGAUGACGAUCGACCUAGACGGAAAAGAAGAAGAUUUGAUCAGAUAGAUGAAAAAGAACCUUUGAACAGAAAUAAUGGGAUAUUUAAUAAGAGAAAGAAUAACGAUAAUCCAGUUGAGCCAGCAGAUGGAGUCAAUGAAGACGAGAUGUUGUAUGUCAGAGGAGCUAGUCCUGAAUCAACAAACUUUGAAUCGUUUUCUCGGGACUUUGAAGAAGAUGGUGGAGGAGAAGACUUCCGUCAUUCCAGAGAUAAUAAUUUCGGGCGGAGAGGUAGAGGUAGAAGAGGAGGCAUUGAUAUAGACCGUCGUAAUAAUAGAGGUAUGGGACCAAAACGGCGUAUGGGUUCUGGUCCUCCGUUAAAAGUAAAACGACCAGAAGACGAAGAAAAAAUUUGUCAAUAUUUUCUUCAGGGCAAAUGCCUUAAGGAAAAUAACUGUACUUACUCACAUCAACAACCGAAUGGCCGAAAAAUGGAACUAUGUAAAUUUUAUUUAAUGGAUCGUUGCAGUAAAGAAGAUCGCUGUACUUUUAUGCAUAGUGAAUUCCCUUGUAAAUAUUUUCAUACUGGUAUGAAAUGCUAUUCUGAACCAAAUUGUCGAUUUAGUCAUGCAAAACUAGAUGAUGACCAGAAAAAAAUGCUUCUUAAGUCAUUUGGAAAAAUACGUUACGAUCCACCAGAUUAUGAUGAUUUUAAAACUGAUGAUUUUAAGAAUAAGUAUGAAGAAGAACCCAAAGCAAUAGUAGAAAAUAAUUUUAAUGUUAAAAAUGAUAAGAAUAAAAUUCCGUCGUUAUUAGAAAUGCAAAUACCUGUUCCUCCAGCUUUAAAAACUACUGAAAAGAAUAAUUCAGAAGACGAUUCAGAAGCAAAUAACAAUAAUAAUAGUACUCCUAUGCCGUCACCUUCAAGAGAUGAAAUUGUUGACAAUAACUUUGAAAUAAAUGAAAAUGAACAGUUCACGAAUUCGCAAUCGAACAGCCGCUCACUACAUAGAAGUAGAAAACAUGAUAAAAAACAGAAACACAAUAAAGCAGCUCGAAAAAAGCAUAGAGAAGAAAGAUAUGAACAAAAACGGUUAGAAAAAUCGAGACACAGAAAAGAAGAAUUACCCAUGUCUAUUGGCGAUCCAAUAAUGUUGGAUGAGCUUAGUGACAAUGACGAUGAAUUCAAUGAUCUUGUUAUCGACGAAGAAAAAUUUCCAAAUGAAAGUAAAGAGCAACAAUUGCCAAAAAAGCAGAAGGAGCUUUUAAAAAGAAUUCAAGUUCAACAAAAAUACUACAACGAUACUGAAGGAAGUGACGAUCACUGUAGUAACCAUGAAGAUCAUUAUUCCAGCGAUAGUCAAGACCCAUCGGCUCCUAAUUCUAUUAAUAACUUGUUAAGUUCGUUACAAAAUUCUGGUAAUGAACCAUUUCCAACAUGUUCAGUUUCUGGCUCACAAGAUUCAAAAGUAGAACAAGUUGAUCUUAACAAAAUUACUAUAAGUGAAGAUAUAGCAAAACUAUUAAACAGUAUAAAAGCAAAAUCUGGAAAUGAUCAAUCAAUAAAAGAACAAACAUCUCCAUUUCAUCUGAAUCCUUUGGAACAGCCUUUUGAAGAACCAAUACAAGAAAAAAAUAUUUGUUUAGUUGAAUCUCCUGCUAGCCCUACCUCUAAUAGUGGUACCGCAAUGGAGUUAGGAAAAUCUGAUGUCGAUCUUAGACAGUUGCCGUUUCAAUUCCCAGCCGCAGCAGCGACAGAAAUACAAGCUUCAAUUGAUAGUCAUCCGCCAAUGAAAUAUCAACUUGUGCCAACUCAAGUUUCCGUGCCAGAUUAUUCUAAGAUUCCUCCAACAAUGGGAAUUGAUGAUCCACGUCUUAGACGCAGUAUAGCCGCAGCUAGAGACCCAAUGUUUAGUCAAAGUGCUCCUGUAGCGGUUGCUACUAUUAUAAGACAAGCAGCACCUCAAAAGAGUGCUCCUCGUGAUCCUCGCAAACCACAACAAGAUGUUAACCCUUGCACAUCAGUUUUACGGCCUCCCCUGUUACCAACACCUAAUACAUUGGUACACCAACGGCCCAUGGACAGUGACAUGAGACAUAUGCCAUCUCCUAUAAUGUGUCCACAAAUGAUGGCAGUCCCAAAUGAUCCUCGUCGGAAACAGGCCGCGCCUGGAGAUCCCAGACAAAGGCAUAGAUUUGAUGUGGAUCAAAGAAUAAACAAUAUGAAUAACUUUAAUUUAAUAAAUUUUAAGUAACUUAAGUUUUUAAGUAUAGAAGUGUACAGACUUAUUAGUAACAGGUAUUUUGUUAUUAUGGAUAUAAUAUAUUGUAUAAUAUAGUGUAUAAAUAUUU